AUGUUUUCACUUGUUGCAUCCUUGUCGAGAAAACUGCGACGUUCUUCGUAUUAUCGCGUGGAAGAUGAAGACAGAGGUGAUCAUGGUGAAGAUGACGAAUAUGACCUUAAUGCAGGGAAAACAUCGAGAAUACGGCGUUUUCUGACGAAGUACAGACCCUUGGGAUCACCUUUGAUAGGUUGGAUAUUGUUGUUUCUCUUUUUCCAGCAGAUUGAACCGAGAUUUCAGGCAUUUAGGUGCAAUUUUAUCGCCCCUCCAGGAACCAACGAAUAUCGUCCAUACAACAUUCUCCUAGUGGCAGACCCACAGUUGAUUGAUAACCACACGUAUCCUAGUUACAAUCCGCUAGUUUUAUCACUUUCAAAGUUCACGGUGGACAAUUACAUCUACAAAAACUACUGGCGGCUUGUUGAGCAUUUGAAUCCGGAUGCAGUUAUAUUCUUGGGGGAUCUACUAGAUAACGGACGCGAAUCUUCAGAUAAGUACUAUGAGCACGAACUCACGCGUUUUAGCAAGAUUUUUCAACCAGAGAGGCUCCGGAAAGACGGCGUGGAGGUUUUUAUGAAUAUUCCAGGUAAUCAUGAUAUAGGUUUUGGCGACGGCAUUAUCAAGCACUCUGUUGACAGGUUCAAGAGAGAUUUCGGUCUGCCGAACCAGAACUUUCUCCGUGAAAAGCACAAACUUGUCUUCUUGGACACCAUCUCCCUAUCCAACAAGAAAGACGCGUCGAUCGGCGCGGAAGCGAGGUCAUUCAUGGACGAAUUGGUCGCCGAAGAAUUUCCGCACCACCCGCGAAUCAUGUUUGAUCACGUGCCCGUGUAUAGAGACGGCUCGAAACAGACCUGUGGAAAGGAGAGAGAAAUGGGUACAUUUAUCAAGCCUGUAGCUGGGUAUCAGUAUCAGAAUCUUAUCGAUCCCGAGUUGUCGAAAACUGUAUUGGAAAAAGUUCAGCCUCAGAUUAUUUUCAGUGGUGACGAUCACGAUUAUUGCGAAGUAAUUCACGAAUAUGAUGCGAAAGACGAAAAUGGCAACCAGGUGAAAAAAACUGCGAUAGAGAUAAACGUCAAGUCAAUAUCGAUGGCUAUGGGUAUCCGCAAGCCAGCCGUCGAAUUGCUUUCGUUGUACAACAAGGCUGUGCCGGGGAAGGUGUUGGAAGUGAAUGGAAAACCCAUCGACGAUAUUCCGUACACGUUCUCCUACAAAAUGUGCUACCUCCCACUUCCAUACACCGACAUUGUGUUCUACGCGAUAUUUGCAUUUUUCAACUUUCUCUAUUUGGUUUACACGUGUAUUCCAAGGUCCAAGUACUCUGGCUUUGCGAUAGAUGAAGUCUACACAGAGCCAAAGCUAUUGGAUAGGAUAAGAGGGCUCAAAGUGAAAUUCUUGGCCGAGUUAUGCUUUGUCGAGUGUUUAGCGUUAUGGGCGAUUUAUUGUUGGGUAUUCACUAUACAUUACUAUUAG